AUGUUUAGUUCCCUUCCAGAAGCAGGCAGUAAUCGAGAUGGAUAUCCAAAGUCUACGUUUUCAAAUAUGAUAUCAGUCGAAAAUUACCAGUCAUCAGACAAAUUAUCUGAUGGUGAAAAGCAGCGUGUGGCUGUUGCUCGAGCUUUAAUUUCAAAAUGUAAAGUAUUAUCAGGCGAUGAAGUUACAUCUGCUUUGGAUAACCAAACAGAAAGAAAUCUUCUAGUGACACUUCAAAAAGCAAAAGUAGAAUUAGGUCUGACAAUUGUUGUUAUUGCACAUCGUUUGUCAACGGUUAUCAAUGCAGAUAAUAUUGUCUGUAUGGAACAUGGGCGUGGAAUUGUUGAACAAGGUACACACGCACAAUUAAUAGAAAACAAUGGUUUAUAUAAACAAUUUUAUAUGGCACAAAAAAUGAAAGAAACUCUACAUCAAGGUCCGACGAAUGAAAAAUCUACCUGUCGCCGUUCAAGAUAUCGUCAUAUCGAAUGUAAAAUGGGUCGUCGUAUUUCCCACGCAGUAGAGGGAGGGACAGAGUCAUAUGCUGAAAUUUUUGGUUCGUUCUAA